CGCUUACUCACACUCACCAGUCACCACAGUCCAUAUUCAUUUCCCCAAAACUCUCAGCUCUAUUCGUCUUCUUCAUCCUCAUCCGCGAGAAGAAAAAAGCCAGGGGGUGUUCUGAGGUAAGCACGCGUCCUCUCUUCCUUCUUUCCUUCCACCGCUUCCAGAUAUCCGAUUCCAGUAACGCUCCUGGUUCCGCUAGUCUGGACGAAAUCUCGUCUCCGAUCGGAGUUUAUUUGCGAUCUAUGUAUUUGAUCUUGAUCACAUUAGAGCAAAAUGGUGAAGGCAGUUGUUGUGCUCGGAAACAGUGAUGGUGUCCAAGGGACUGUCUACUUCACCCAGGAAGGCGAUGGUCCUACCACCGUGACAGGAAACAUCUCUGGUCUCAAGCCAGGGCUUCAUGGCUUCCACGUCCAUGCCAUGGGAGAUACUACAAAUGGCUGCAUGUCGACUGGCCCACAUUUCAAUCCUCAUGGCAAAGAACAUGGAGCCCCUGAAGAUGAACACCGCCAUGCUGGUGACCUUGGAAAUGUUACAGUUGGAGAUGAUGGUACUGCAACUUUCACUAUUGUUGACAAACAUAUCCCUCUUACCGGUCCACACUCCAUCAUUGGGAGGGCUGUUGUUGUUCAUGCUGAUCCUGAUGACCUUGGAAAGGGUGGACAUGAACUCAGCAAGAGCACUGGCAAUGCUGGUGGAAGAAUUGCCUGCGGCAUUAUCGGGCUGCAAGGUUAAGGCACUGGCGUCGCUCUUGUUUCCUAGGCUGCUUGAAUAAAUGGGAAAAAUGCUAGAUGAAUGUUUAACGAGUCAAUGUUGAGUGAGUGAUAGUUGAUUUGUGAGGGAUAAGGAAAAGGGAAAAAGAAAGAAUGAGAGAGAACCCUCUUGAAUAAAGAGAACAAGAACGCUACUUUGGUGUACCUUUUUUAUAGCUGGAUUUGUGGUUAAUCGACUUCUAGUUUGAUUGGUCUAUGGACAGUCUCUAAUAUAUUCACCUCCUACACUCUGGAAUGCGAGGUAGCUGCUGAAUGGCAGCCAAAACUGUUAUGCCUUGCUUUAGCAGUGGCGUAAUACUGUUCUAGAGUUUGGGAUCCACCCACCCUAGAAAACAACCGAAACAGUUGUGGGUGGGCGGAAGGUGUUAAGGUGGGUUGUCAGUGGAUUGUCGGUAACCCG